AUGGAUCCAACGGACCCGAAUCAACUAGCGUCGCUGGCCUCUCUUUUUCAGCAGACGCUGAAUCCUGAGCAGCGUAAACCAGCUGAGGAUCAGAUUGGGCAACUGCAGGCCCAACCUCGCUUUGGCUUUCUAUUGCUUGCUCUUGUUCAGUCAGAGUCAACGUCCACGGCCAUCCGCCUCGCUUCUGCCAUUCAAUUUAAGAACUUAUGCAAGACUAGAUGGAAUGUUGAUGCGGAAACAGAGGACCCUGUCUUCAGUGCUAUAAGCGACGAUGAAAAACAGGCAAUUCGGCAGCAACUUGUGCCUGUGCUCGUGUCACUAGCUAGCGCUUCGACCCCUAGUCAAGCGAUCCUGUCGCAGAUGAAUGAAAGCGUUGCGUUAGUGGCUUCGAGCGAUUUCCCUGAAGCAUGGCCUGCUUUGAUUGAUGAACUCGUAUCCCAACUUUCUACCGAUAAUCACCACGUCUUGUUGUCAGUUCUUGCUACAUCACAUGCUAUUUUUAAGCAAUGGCGCAGCCAAUUCCGCUCGGAUGCAUUGUACUCCGAGAUCAAUUUGGUGCUUGGAAAGAUGGCCAACCCUCUGCUUGAAUUACUGCAACGUAUGCAUGGUAUGUUGCUGGACCCAUCCACACCAUCAAUGACCAUGCAACCAUUAGCGCUAUGUCUCAUGUUGCUUUUGCAACUUUUUUACGACCUUUCAGCGCAGGAUCUCCCGCCUCAGUUUGAAGAUGCUAUACCAAUGCUUUCUCCUAUGUUCACAAGCCUGUUAUCUUUUAGUCGCCCUGAGCUGAUUGGCGAUGAAGAGGACGUGGCACCCAGUCCACUUGUCAAAAUUCGCAGCAGCGUAUGUGAAAUUUUUGAGCUGUAUGCCAAGCGAUACCUAGACGUACUGCCACAGCUUCCUGAGUAUGUUCAAGCGGUUUGGGACAUGCUGAGCACGUACGGUCCAUCAGAAAAGUAUGAUGUGAUUGUGAGCAAGGCAAUUGGAUUCUUGUCUGCUGUCGUUCGUAUGGGUAACCAGCGCGAGCUGUUCCAAUCUGAUUCCACAUUGGAGCAGUUCUGCACGGCCAUUAUCUUGCCUAACAUUCAGUUGCGUGAUAUUGAUGAAGAGAUCUUUGAAGAUAAUCCUAUGGAAUACAUUCGUCGCGAUCUUGAACAGAGCAUUGAAAUUGACACGCGACGCCGAGCAGCGUGUGAGUUUGUACGUGCGUUGCUUGAGCAGUUUUCCACCCAAAUAACAACGAUCUGCUCGCGUCACAUCCAAAUGUAUCUUGCAGAGUACCAAGCAAGCCCUGCUCAAAACUGGAAGCGAAAAGAUGCUGCGAUCUAUCUAUUGACCUCGAUUGCAGCGCAGAGUUCGACCAUGCAACAUGGUGUAUCGUCGACUAAUGCGCUGGUAGACGUGGUCCAAUUCUUCUCUGAGCACGUCCUUGAGGACCUGCAACCGGACAAUUCCAUCGCAAGGGCCCAACCCAUUCUUCAAGUGGAUGCUAUUAAGUACCUCUACACAUUCCGCAAUCAACUUACCAAGGAGCAGCUUUUGUCAGUACUACCACUGCUGGUGCACCACCUGAGCUCUAGCAAUUACGUGACAUGUACUUAUGCCGCCAUUUCAAUUGAACGUAUUCUAUUUAUCCGUACGCAAGGCCAACGGCUUAUGGUCUCUAGUGACAUUGCCCCAUUGAGCCAGCGGAUGCUAGAGGCUCUUUUCGCCACCGUUGAACAACACGAAACUCCUGAAAAAGUCGCGGAAAAUGACCAUGUCAUGAAGUGUGUGAUGCGCGUGCUACUUACUUCCAAAAACGCGGUAGAACCUUAUUCUGGCGAAGUGCUCUCACACCUCGCUUCUAUCGUGCAGUUGACGAGCCGAAACCCGAGUAACCCACGCUUUACGCAAUUCUUGUUCGAGUCCGUGUCAGCGCUUGUCAGGCUCGCGGGAUCUUCGACGUUGGCUCAACUUGCCACCAUGGAAGAACGAUUGUUCCCAGUUUGCACUGAUAUCCUGCAAGGCGACGUAGCUGAAUACAUCCCCUACGUCUUUCAAAUUCUCGCGCAACUUCUAGAAGCUCAUGCAGCUCUGAGCACCGAGCGUGCCUUGCCCAAUGCAUAUGCCUCACUUCUUCCGCCACUGCUUAUGCCUGCUUUAUGGGAAAAGAAGAGCCAUGUCCCAGCCCUUGUGCGCCUCAUCAAGGCUUACUUGUUGCAAGCACCUAUGUACCUCGUGCAAAAUGGUCACAUUGAGUCGUGUCUUGGUAUUUACCAGAAAUUGAUCUCCAGUCGCUUGAACGACACAUAUGGAUUCGACUUGCUGCGCGCCAUGCUGACUCACUUGCCGUCGGAAGUGCUGUCACCGUAUAUGCAGCCUGUAUUGACGCUUAUGCUUGUCCGCCUGCAGUCAAGCAAAACGGAAAAGUUCUCGCAGCAGUUUGCCUACUUCUUUGGAUGCUUCUGCGGUACUCAAAAGCCAGGCUACCCAGAAUUGGUCAUCCAGGCGUUCGACACAGUGCAAGGUGGACUGUUUGGUCAGCUUGUUGAGAAUGUAGUGGCGCCAGACCUGACCAAGCUCACGGCCAAGCAGCGUUUCGAUACCGCAGCAGGUCUCAUUCGUCUGCUCACAGACAGUGACAUCAUGGCAUCGACAUAUUCUGCUGCAUGGCCUGUGCUCAUGACGAAUAUACUGCCGCUCUUGUCGCAGAGCACACCUGCUGCAGAUGAGGCAGUGGAUGAAGAUGCUGAACUAGAUGAACAAGGCUUCCAGGCCAGCUUUUCGCAACUAGCGGCAGCAGGCUCUAUUCGCGACGCUUCGUCGCCAAAUACAGUGGCAUGGGCAGGCUCUGAUUUGUGGGCUUACUUGCUACGUCAGCUAGCUGGCAUGAAUGCUCGUCGCCCGGGUACACUGAACCUGCUUCUUCAACGCAUGCCUAAUGAAGCACAACUGCAGCUGAAUGAAGCCCUGCAAAAGGGCGGCAUCAUUAUUGCGUAG